ACAUUUUUGUCAUUAUAAAGGUCCCGACUGUCUGGGUCUUCACUAUCAGGAUGAGAAAUUCACGUUUGUGGUUUUUGGUUGACGGAAAAGCAGUAAAGUUUCACGUUUAGAUUCCCUAUCACCUGACCCAAGGGGAGCCUGGACAGUGUGAUUUUGUCAUAGCACCGAAGGUUGUUAGCAACUUACGUCACAUAAAAUUCGAGCGAAGUUCGAAAAGGAGUAAAUUGCAGCAGCUCUCUGCAGCUGAUCGGAUUAAAUCACCGAGGAACAUCCUGAAGACAUUCGACAAGGAUUAAACUCUGAAAUGUGCGAAUAUGGGUAGAAGAAUCACCGUAAAUAACAAGUUUUAGCUGCAAAUACAAACGCAAUGGCGGUCCAAGAUGUGUUGCUUCGCGUCCAGGUUCUCCUGUGAAUCAUUCAACCAGUCAUUCAAUUUAUUGCUUUAUUAUGGAAAAACAAAGUAGAAUUUGCGUUUGGAUGUUUCUUCUAGUGGCCAUUUUGGUAUUUCCUUCGUCAGGCAAGCAGCUUCUUAGAGAACCUGAUACCCCACCAAGCAAUGCACUAGAUAAUGCUGUCCCUACCGCACCCUCUACCCUCUCUGUCAAGAUACAGAGCACCCCCCUGGAAACCACACCUGCCCCUGCAGCCCAGGGGGGGCACACAGCAACAUACACCCCACCCCCCUUGCAUGUUACUGCUGGGAGCAGGACAACUGCUAAUAUUACAGUGCUAAAGGGUCAAAAGCCAGAGCAGAAAAGUGAUGGUCUCCCAUAUUGGAUCUACAUUGUGAUUGGAAUAGCUGUUGUAGUGAUCAUAUCUGUACUUGUUGGUAUCCUCUACUCAAGGUUUCUAAAAUGGAAAGACCAUGGAUCAUAUAUGGUUUGGGAUGAGACUGACCUUGAGACAAGUCCAGCAUUUACCAGGGAAUCAGAGUUUCUUCUGGAUAACCUGACAGCCGAACAAGAGCUGGCCAACUCUGAACUCCAACAGUAUGAGAUCCCGCUGGACUCGAUCAGCCAUACCCAAGUUUAUGUUAGCAGUACCAAGAAGGUUGCACCCAAGAGACCAAGCCGGGAUGAGAAAGGGACUCCAAAGACGACGAAGGAGCAAAAGAAGAAAGAGGGGCAAUACAAUUGCCCUUCACUGACGAAGUUCACCAAGCGAGGAACUGUAUAUAAUUCAGUGACGGAUACUUGUAUGACAAGUGUGAUGAGCGAAGGGACAAUAAAUGGCGAUAUUACUCUGAGUGGAAACACCCUUGCGGCCCUAUCGAACCCGGCUUUGGACAACUAUGGGUCCUUACGUAACGAGAGCUCUCCCUUCUCCGCCAUGGGCACACUCUCGCCCAAGAGCACCCUCUCCCAGCGGCUAUACGGCAGUCACAUGACGAGAAGCACCUCCAAUCUUCUAACACCAACGCCGACAACGCCUCUAAGUAGGAGGUUUUCAAAAAGCAUGGACAAGUUGCGACUGUUCCACACCCUACCGGAGAUGAAACCCAAAAAAGGGCGCAAAAGACCCCUCCCGGAGCUUCCCCUGAAUCAGCCAAGCCUCGUGAAGUCGGCAAGCUUUGGCUGCAAUGUUAAUAAGAUUGUCAACAAUAAUAAUUACAAUGCAACCUCACCCGUGCCGACGUGGCACCGAAAGAUGUCGCUUGAUGCCCAGCCCAAGAGUCCUCCACAAGAAAGUCUCGUCAAAUCUCUGCUGUUGGCACACCGAUUCUCGAAGUCUCUAGACACGCUCUUGCUCGUGCGCAACAUCGAGAGAACUCCAAUCGACAUCGACAUCUAUCAUUCGUAUGAGAGCGUGAAGGGCAGGGAGGCGAAAGAGGUGGAAUACGCAUGCGUGGAUGACAGUCAGCCCGCCUCGCCGUCCACGUCUGAGAGCAGUAGAGGGUCAGAGGUUCGUAAUACCACGUCCGUUGAUAAUAGCGAGAACGUGUAUGCAAGUGUGAGCGAUUCUGGUGAGAACACUGACGACGAGGAGAAUUCUCUCGGUGUGUCAGGGAAUCCCCAUAAAGAAAAUGCUUUCACACUGUCAAAAGUACAGUACGGUAGCCCACCCCCACAAAGUAGUCCCCCACCUUGUUCCCCCACUUCAGAGAAUUCCCCAUCAGAAAUUCCAAUUGAUCUGGGGGAUUCCCCGAUAGAGAGGACACUCACCAUGUCUUCAACAUCGAGCACCCCCGCGUCUCCGUACGCCUGCGUGAGGAUCAGCCAAAUUCCUGGACUCACCACCCUUGAGCGACUUUACGACCAGGAAGAGCAUGGUACGAGUACUGAGAACUCGGGCAACAGCGUAGAGCCCCCUGAGCACUCAGGAUCAUCCCUGGGCAUGGCGGGACCGGAACUGCAGCUAAACUCCGCCAGGUCUAGUACUCACACGUAUCUUGAGCUUUUUCCUGAUGAGGAAAACGCGGAUUGCGGCGUGGACCAUACUGAUAAUUUGGGAUCCUCUCUUGGGAUGACAGAAGCUGGUGUGCGGCCGGAUUCCGCUAGGUCUAGUAUGCACACAUAUCUUGAACUUUUUCCUAGUGAGGAAGACUCGGGUAACUGCGAAGACUCCACUGAGAAUUCGGAAUCCACUCUGGGAAAUGAUUUGCUGCAUAACUCCGCUAGGUCUAGUACGCACACAUAUCUUGAACUCUUUCCCGACGAGGAAGGGAACAGAGAUAGCGUGAUCUCUGAAACUAGCUCCGGGUACGCACGACCUGUAGAUUUACUGCCUGUCGUGAAGUGGGUUGAAGGAGACACUGUUCAAGAAAUAGGUCCCGGAUGUGAUGCAGAUUCCAGGAAUAGGGAUGUCCAGAAAAUCGACCCCAUAAAAAGUGUUUUCAAAGUAACCAAUGGGGAUGCCCAAGAAACAGAUUCCAGGAAAGGUACUUUCCAGGAAUCCAGGAAGAGUCUGACAGACUUUCAGAUACCAAUCGAUACGAGAAAUCCUUUCCAGACUUUGGAUAGGAAAGGGGGGUAUGAUAACCCCGGGCAGGCUAGUGACGACGACGAGAAAGAGACGACGAGGGGAAAAGCCCCCGAGCCGAUUUACGAGAACACGAAGGACGGCCAAUGCGGUAGUGCCGUUUACGAAAAUUCCAAUGUGGCUCUUGAGGCAGUGACGUCAGAAGGUGUCGGUUUGGCCCAGGUUAAGGUUAGGCGCGCGGGUGAUGUAAGACGUGAGAGGGGUGAAGACGAGUCUGUCGUGUAGAGCUGGGUUAUCUCGGAGGGACGUAAGAUAAGACUUUCUAGGCUGGGUGAACAAAUACUUAAAAAAGGCGUUUGGUUUUCUGACAGACCCGGCAUAUCUUCUCACGUACAAAACAAAAUCAUGCCCCCAUGUCCCCUUCCAUUUUCAAUAACCAGCUUAGCUUAGAUAAAGUGAAUAUUGAAGCAUUGUUUUAAUGUGGAAGUUACAUGACAAAUUAUUAUAAUUUUGUAGAUACUCCUUGCAAACGCACGUGUUUGAAACGUGACUUUAGGCUUAAUAUCAGAUGUCGUGCAUCUUUGGGCCAAUCCUAUGAUGUUGAUCUACACAAAACAUACACAAAUUUCAAAUAAGGGCUCCAUAUUUCGUGACCCGCAUUGCAAAAAAUAUAAGCGAGAACUUUCCGGUCUCUGAAAGCAAUGUGAAAGCCCUGACACUACUUUUUUAAAAGCUCUUGUCAGCCACACCUUUGUUGAUGUUUCAUAUUAUUGAAAUAUGACAUAACAUGACAUUACAUUAAAAGGAUAAUAACCAUCUAAAAACAAAUUUUUACAAUCAUUUACAAAAUUCAAUCAGAAAUAUCACCAAAGCUUCCCCAAAUCAUCCGAUGUUUUGUCACUUUCAGUAUUUGAGAAAUGGCGCGGCUGACAAAGCUUUUUUUAAUAAUACUAACUGUGUCCUGACAUAGAGAUUGGAAAAUGAUAAGUGCUGCAUCUGUUAUGAGCCUUAUAUUGCUCAUUAUUUGACUCUUAUCCCAGAUGAAAAAAAGAUAUAUUUUAAUUAAGGUUACGGGUUUUGAUCAGGGCAACGGGUUUUAUUCACGAUGGCAAAUUCUCGAAGUUCCAUUUUUGGGAUGAUGUCCCGUCAUCCCACGCAGGACGUGGGUUUCCAUGGGAACAGCUGAUGUUAUUCUUCUCUGGUAGAAGCUGCAUUGUUUCAUCCCCGUGAUGAGAGAAGAAUUGUUUUUUUACUGCUGUCGAUUGCAAAGCAGUCGACAUUUGGGUCGGCACUAUAAUUUGUAAAAAGAACGCGCUAUUUCAAUAUUUUAGUGGGUCAUUUAGAAGACAAUAUUUAAUUAUAUAUUUAGAAAACAUAUUUGUACGUCUUUGUGCUACUAUGGUUUUGUAACCUGAUUGAAUAAAUGAUUUAGCCAAAA